CAUAAACCUCUUCCAAAUCACCCCAAUUCCCAAAGCAACCGACACACACACACACAAGCUACAAACAUGGCUGCUUCUUCUUGGUGGGUUGUAGCGGCGUGCGUGGUGUUGGCGGCGGCGGCGGCGGCCGACCCGAGGGACGGGUUCACGGCGGUGAGCCUGGGCGAUGGCAACUUCCAGCUGCAGUGGCCGUACGACGUGGAGAGCAGCUCGAGGUACAGCUUCGACGGCACGGUGAGGCGGCUGUGGGUCUUCUCCGACGACAAGCCCUUCAAGCCGCAGAGCGGAACCAACCCAAGGACGGAGAUCAGGAUGACGGGUUAUGACUACUCGUCAGGGGUGUGGCAAUUCGAGGGCACCGGUUACGUCCCCUCCGGCACCACCGGCGUGUCCAUCAUGCAGGUGUUCGGUGGCGGGACCGCCACCACCCUCAUGCUCCACGUCUAUGGCGGCGACCUUUGGUACUACCACCAGCAGGUGGUGGAGACCAACAUCUACGACCGCUGGUUCCGCCUCAAUGUCAUCCACGACGUCGCCGCCUCCCAGCUCACCGUCUUCAUUGAUGGCCGGGAGAGGCUCCGCGUCGCCGGCAAGGGUGGCGACUCGCACUACUUCAAGUUCGGCGUGUACAUGCAGACGAACCCGUCCAACCGCAUGGAGUCUCGCUGGAAAGGCAUCAGCAUCCUCAACAAGACAUAGUAACCUAGUAUCGAAAUUAGACAUAAAUUGAUGUUAUGAAUAAAUCUAUCUAGAUUCAAUAAUAUUAGAUUGUGUCAAAUCUAUCGGGUAUAAAGUUAUUAUAUUUUAAGAUGGAGAUAGUACUUGGAGUAAAUUAUAACUGGACAUUGUGUAAACACGCAUGUCUCUACUUGUGUUCUUACAUGCGUGGAGUACUAUGCACAUGCCUAUAUGUAUGGUUGUGUAUGUCAAUUUUGUUUCAUCUAUAUAUUGAGUGUACGUAUAUAUGAUAUCUUUGCAUUAAGAAAAGUACUUAAUUAUGUGAUAAUACAUUUAUGUGUA